AUGUCAGACGACGAGACUCCCGCUCGUGCGACCGAGCAGACACCGCUCCUACGGGAGGAUGCUGCCGCCGAUCAGGCCCAGCAGCAGAAUAAUGCGCCCGUCCCGCUGCGCAAAGAGGCCAGCACGAGAGAGCUGGUCGUGAUCCUGGGAACCAUCUGGAUCGGCGUGUUCCUGGCUGCCCUAGACACGACCAUUGUCGCGACUCUAUCAGCGCCCAUCUCGUCCUCGUUCAAUUCCCUCUCGCUCUUUUCCUGGCUGGCGACCUCCUACCUCAUCGCCAACGCUGCUUUUCAGCCGAUCAGUGGACGGCUGACGGAUAUCUUCUCGCGCCGCUGGGGCCUGGUGUUCUCGAAUGUUUUCUUCGCAAUUGGCAAUUUGAUUUGUGGCCUCGCACGGUCAGAAUGGGUGCUUAUCUUUGGUCGUGUCGUGGCUGGUAUGGGCGGCGGCGGUCUGCUGGUGAUUUCCACCUUUGUCACGUCGGACUUGGUGCCUCUGCGCAAGCGGGGCGUCUGGCAGGGCAUCGGCAAUAUCUGCUAUGGCGCCGGAAGUGGGCUCGGAGGUCUGUUUGGUGGUUGGGUCAAUGAUACGAUCGGAUGGCGAUGGGCCUUUCUGAUCCAGGUUCCGUUCCUGGUGGUCUCGUGCGUCCUUGUCGCUUGGAAACUGGACAUCCCCGUCAAGGAGUCGGACACGGCUCGGAUCAAGCGCGUUGACUUCCUCGGCGCCGUGACCCUGGUGAUUACGCUCGUCACUCUGCUGCUCGGUCUCAAUACGGGCGGCAACCAGGUGCCGUGGACGCACCCGCUCGUGCUGACCUCGCUGCCUCUAGCGGCGGUGUUUCUGGGGAUCUUCAUUUUCGUGGAAGUCAAGGUUGCCUCGGAACCCAUCAUUCCCGUGCGCCUGCUGCUGGACCGGACCGUCUUGGCGGCCUGUCUGAUCAAUUGGUUCCUCACGAUGACGGUCUUCGGCCUUCUCUUCUACCUGCCGCUGUUCUUCCAGGUCCAGGGACUGUCCGCGACGGCCGCGGGAGUGCGCCUGGCCCCCCAGGCUAUCGGAACCUCGAUCGGAUCCCUGGCGUCUGGGUUCCUCAUGCGCGCCACCGGCCGCUACAAGACCCUCAAUUACGUCGCUCUGUCCCUGCAAGUCGUGUCCACCGCCUUGAUCUGCACGCUCAACCUCUCCACGCCCGCCUGGCUGCCAUUCAUCUAUUUCUUCCUCCUGGGCACCGCCUACGGGAGCAUGCUGACCAUCACCCUGGUGGCCCUGAUCUCAGCCGUCGACCAUCAGCACCACGCCGUGGUCACGUCUGCCUCCUACGCCUUCCGCAGCACCGGCAGCACCAUCGGGAUUACCAUCGCUUCGGCGGUGUUUCAAAACACCCUCAAGCUGGGAUUGUGGGCCCGUUUCGCUGGGCGCGAGCAUGCUGCGGAGCUGAUCGCGCGGCUUCGAGACAACCUAGAUGAAAUUUGGAAGCUGCCGGCUGACUGGCGGCCUGGCGUGCUGGAUGCUUACAUGGACUCGCUGCGGGCGGUCUUCCUCACCCUGCUGGGGGUCAGUGUGCUGGGGUCGCUCAGUAGCAUCGCCCUCCGCGAGCAUACCCUGCACAAUAACUUGGCUCGGCGAUAA